GGCUAGAACAACUCUCGUCGUCGCCGGCGCGCUGCCAAAAUGGGUAGAAACCUUAGAUUUCUCUCCAGAUUCGUUUCUAUCGAUCGGGAAAAAUCCAAAUAUGCUUCUAUUCCUCACGCUAGCUCACUCCCAUGGCGUUUUCUCUUCGUGCCCGCAGGUAUCUCUCGGGACUCCAUGCACAAGAGGCGCGCCACCGGAGGGAAGAAGAAGGCCUGGAGGAAGAAGAGAAAACAAGCCCCCUCUUUCUUCCCUCUAUUUCCUUUUUCGUCCGAAACCCUAUUUCCGACUCCGUCGAUUUAUCGGCCUUAGACAUCCAAUCGUAGAACCCUCGCGUGUUAUAUGUUGAUUGCUUUGUCUGAACUACAAAUCUGUUUGAAAGAAAAUGGAAAACGAUUUAUUUUUUUUUCUUUUCUGAUUUUUGUGCGUUUUCUAUGAGAUGUUUAAAGUUUCUUUCUUUCUUUUUAAUGUAGAAUAGGUUCUAGUCGAAGCACUGUAUGUUAUCUUCUUCGAUUCAUCAGUUAUUGUGGUAAAAGUUUCCACUUUGAUUCGUUGGUGAUGAUUUUUUUUGGGUUUUUCUCCUCCUUUUUGCUGAAAAGGUAUGAGUUGGGCCGGCGGCCGGCAAACACGAAGUUGUCGAGCAACAAGACAGUGAGGAGGGUUCGGGUGAGGGGAGGCAACGUGAAGUGGAGGGCCCUCCGAUUGGACACUGGGAACUACUCGUGGGGAAGCGAGGCCGUGACUCGCAAGACCCGUGUCCUUGAUGUGGUGUACAAUGCCUCCAACAAUGAGCUCGUUAGGACGCAGACUCUUGUGAAGAGCGCUAUCGUGCAGGUUGAUGCUGCUCCCUUCAAGCAGUGGUACCUCCAGCAUUAUGGUGUCGAGAUUGGAAGGAAGAAGAAGACCCUUGCUGCCAAGAAGGAAGCAACUGAGGGGCAAGAGGGGGAUGGUGCUGCAGAGGAAGUGAAGAAGAGCAACCAUGUUCUUAGGAAGCUGGAGAAGCGUCAACAAGGUCGCCAACUAGAUCCCCACAUUGAGGAGCAAUUUGGUAGUGGGAGGCUGUUAGCUUGUAUCUCUUCUCGCCCUGGUCAAUGCGGCAGAGCUGAUGGAUGCAUAUUAGAAGGUAAGGAGCUUGAGUUUUACAUGAAGAAGAUCCAGAAGAAAUUUAACCAUAUCAGAGGUAAUGAUACUUAUUUAGUAUAUUUCUGAACUCUAGAUAUCAGAUACGUAGACUCAUGUUGGAGUCUAUACCAUGCUUUUGCCGAGGAGAAGCUUAUUCUAGGUUGUAUUUCACUAGAAUAAUAUUAAACGUGACUGACAUAACCUUGUGAAUAGCCGGUUAUGAGCGUAUUGUGUGACCGAACCUUUGGAUGGCACUUAAUAAGCUAUGUUGUUCAUGAGCUAUUUAAGCUGAAUGUGAAUCCUUGGGGUCGAGAUCUAUCAUGCCGUGCUUAAAAAAUAUUUCGCUUGCGAAGGGCGAGCUAUGUGUAGGCCCAAGUCUACCUACGUGACUUG